GCUUAUAUUGGGUGCACAUGUAAAAAAAAUCAAGCUAGGAUUUACUUUCGGGGUAGGUUGUAUUUUCGGAGAAACAGUUGGAGCCAAGACGAGAAAAAGAGCGAGCUCGAUCAGCGAGCCUAUUUGCCCUGACUCUCUUCUCUUCCUUUUUUUUUUUUUUUUCCACCCUCCUCCGCAGGCAAGACAAGCUGAAGGUCCACAUGAGAAAACACACCGGGGAGAAGCCCUACUUGUGCCAGCAAUGCGGGGCUGCCUUCGCCCACAACUACGACCUGAAAAAUCACAUGCGCGUCCACACGGGCCUCCGCCCGUACCAGUGCGAGAGCUGCUUCAAGACUUUUGUCCGAUCCGACCAUUUGCAUCGGCACCUUAAGAAAGAUGGCUGCAACGGCAUCCCUUCCCGCCGGGGGCGCAAGCCCCGGGUGAGAGAAGCGGCCGUCGCCCCGCUCCCGAGUUCGAAUCCUGACGACAGCAGCCUGGCCGGGGGCGAGGAGGCCGAGGAGACGCAGGGGCCCGCCGCGCCCCAGGACGAGUUAGAACAGCACUUUGAAGAUAAUUCGAACGCCCACGCGGCGUCAGGAAGUUUGAAUGUAGCUGGGGGGAUUGUCUGAGGGAUAUUAAAAAAAAAAAAAACACACAAGGACUUUCCUAAACCAAAAAGAAAAGAAAAAAGAAAAAAAAUAGUGUCACAAAAUCUAGUUAUAACUUUCCUCCGGUUCCUCUUGAGAGAAAAAAAUAUAUAUAAAUAUGGUUUCUUCACUUUUUUUUUUUUUUUUGGAGAAAAAUGAAAGAAAAACUAAAGUCAGAAAUAGCCUUAUAGGUGUAUAAUGUAUCUCUGUUUGUAAUCUUCCCACUCAGUUAUGAACUCUCGUUAGCCAUGGAUGAAUUUUUUAAAAACCUGGUCCCUGCCUUGAAAAGGAGACCACCCAGUGAUCAAGGUUUUGAGCUGGGGGUCAAGGGGGGGUGUUAAGGGGGUGUAGAGAGAGUAGAGGUCUACAAAACGUGGAAACGAAGCUUCCAGAACUUGUCUUAGUUUUUAAGUUUUAAAACUGAAUAUAUAUAUAUACAUACAUAUAUAUAAUAAUGGCCUUAUUUUUAGGUAUUUUAGGAGCCGCUGUUCCAAAGGGACACAAUGAAAGUAGUCAAUGAAUUGGCUGACUUAAAAAAAGGAAGAUUUAUUAGGGAAAAAAUAUAUCUCCAUUUCUUCCCAAUCACCCCCCUCCCCACUUCCCUUCCUUCCCUAUUCUAAAAUUCUCAUUUUUUUCCUACAAAGGUGCUUCAAGAGUUUUCAUCUGAAGUCAAAUCAUAGUUCUUAAGGCUGUCGGCAGAGAAUUUCGGGCCCAUUUUUGAAAGUUUGGUGAAGGGCACCAAACACCUAAAUUCUUUUCUUGAAGCUUUCGAUGUUUCGUAGAAAAAGGGGGAAAUCAACAUUUAUUGGGCACAACUCUCAAAUGUUAGGUUCUGGGACAGGAUGUUGGCCUGUUGAGCAGGUUGGUAUCCUGAGUUUCUUACAAUCCGGAGUCCCGCGUAGUGUUAGGUGAGCCAAAGGAGUUACAAGGGCUAGUAGCCUUUUGGAUGAUUUGUGAUCAAACGAAUCACACUGCGCUCAACAGUUGUAAGAAGCCAUGAUUUCCAAGAUUGAUGCUAAGACGGUUUGCGUGCAAACAAUCUUGGCUUACUAAUUCCAGAUAGUUUCCUUCUGGGACAAUUUGCAUCCGUUUCAAGUUUGAAUCUCUUUUCCUGAUCACCCUCACCCCCCAAACUAGUUAAGUUUGAGAUCUUUGGUGCUUUGCUCAACGCUUCAGAAGCAAGGAUUUUUAAAUUGUUCAUUAAAAUCUCGUUUUUCAUUCCCCUCCUCCCGGGGGGUGACCAAACAAAGCCAGGUUUAACCGGUACUGAAAGUUGCAGUACAAAGUUUCUUUUUCCCCGUCCUCAAAGAGCACCAUUUUUGUCCCGCGCCGAGAUCUGCCGAAGAGAUCUCGUAAUUUGGCUCGAUUGCAGGAGCCACGCGUCGAGCUCGUCCGAUAUCCCUCCCUGUAAUGAUGCACACUCCCUCGGGCUGGUACAAAUAUUCCAAUCUUGUCAUAUGUUGGAAAGUGGUCCUUGAAUCAGUCAGCAUCCCAGACCUUGGGGGAAGCCAAUUUGAGACACUCCCAACUUCAGAGAUCCCACCAAAUUGUCCGGACGUCCCUAUCUCUCUGGGUGGUGAUUAUAGUUUCGUGUAGGCAGGCCCGUCUUGCCUUUAAGGCCGUGGAUUGCAAAAUCUUGUGGGUUUGACACAGAAUUAGACAGUGGAGAACACUUCAGGUGGAGAAAGGCCUGGGCUGCCCCGCAAAGCUGUCGCACGGUUGCCAGGGGGUCUUGAUUUUUCUAGGCCAGGCCGAAAGAUGGGCUUUUGUACUUCCAAUUUUCCCCUUCAUUUUUCUCUGCGUUCAGCUUUUUCUAAAAGACCUUCUCUCUCUACCCCAUUUCACACCAAACGAGCCAAAUGGGGAAAUAUUUGCCCAGUUGAUGGCUUUGUAGGAAAAACGAUGUGUUCCUGCCAUAAAUUAAACCCUAGAUAAUUCAGAGAAGGAAAAGUAGGUUACUCUCCCCACCUCUACCCCUUCUCCCCCAAUUAUGUCUCUUCCUUUUUUUUGUACGCUCCCUCGUUCUGAGAGCCUUAGAUAGCCAGAUUCGCACUCAAGGGUGUCCAUUUUGGAUUGCGGUAAGGUUUGGGGUCCAAAGUUGAUUUUGGGGUGAUUUACCAAAUCUCUUCCUAUUAUCCGCUCAUGUUGGUAGAAGCAGUUGUGUAGAUAAAAGCCGUAGCUAUAUCAAAAAAAAAAAUUAUUAAAGACACAGCUCCCUUUAAGCUAAAAAAAUAAAUAAACUAAGGGCACCUUUUAGCCAUUUCCAAGUUUUUUAAAAUGCACAGUUUAAUAUAUAUAUAU